GCCAUGAGAAGAAACCAUUGUGCAGUCAGGAAGGAGGCACCCUCAUCCCAGGCCUAAACCAGGAAGGCCUGGGAAUGUGGGGGCAACAGCUGGCACAGAAGGGUUAUGGUAGGGGCUUCCAGCAGUGCUGGAGACACAGAGACAGCCUGAUCACCACUGCCCCAGUCCUCCCUGCUGGCUUUCACUGGUGUGAGCACCCCGGUGCACUAUGCCAGCCAGUUGGCCCACAGCUGUGGAUCCGAGAAGGCCUUUGGGGUGCCUGGAAAGGGUUGGGUGUUGGCAUGUGGGACAGACCAAGCAGGCUGUAGAGCAGGGCAGGCCUUGCUCACAUAGGCCUGUGGGCGGGCCCAGCCUGAGUUUCAAGUUUCACUUCCCGCCACUGCUGCCAGCAGUGAGAACCAGCCGGAGAGUGCACAAGACAUUGCUGCCUGCCACGGGUAAGCAGCAGUUACCUACCCACCAUGGACUCGAAGGCCCCGCCCUCGGGUCCCAUGCAGACCCUCAUCUUCUUGGACCUGGAGGCCACUGGCCUGCCCUUCUCUAAGCCCAAGGUCACGGAGCUGUGCCUACUGGCCAUCCACAGAUGUGCUCUGGAGAGCCCCCCGACCUCUCAGGGGCGACCUCCCAUAGUGCCCCCACCACCCCGAGUGGUGGACAAGCUCUCCCUGUGCGUGGCUCCAGGGAAGGCUUGUAGCCCGGCAGCAAGCGAGAUCACAGGUCUGAGCACAGCUGAGCUGGCAGCACAUGGGCGUCAAUGUUUCGAUGACAACCUGGCCAACCUGCUCCUAGGCUUCCUACAGCGCCAGCCACAGCCCUGGUGCCUUGUGGCACACAAUGGGGACCGCUUUGACUUCCCCCUGCUCCGGGCAGAACUGGCUAUGCUGGACCUUGCCAGUGCUCUGGAUAGUGCCUUCUGUGUGGACAGCAUUGCAGCCUUGAAGGCCCUGGAACGAGCUACUAGCCCCUCAGAGCAUGGCCCAAGGAAGAGCUACAGUCUGGGCAGCAUCUACACACGCCUGUAUGGGCAGGCCCCGCCAGACUCACACACCGCUGAGGGUGACGUCCUAGCCCUGCUCAGCAUCUGUCAGUGGAGGCCACAGGCCCUGCUGCGGUGGGUGGAUACUCAUGCCAGGCCCUUCAGCACCAUCAAGCCCAUGUAUGGGAUCACAGCCUCUGCUGGGACCAACUCAAGGCCAUCCGUUGUCACAGCCACUGUACCCGUGGCCACAGCCAGAAACACUAGUCCCAGCCUUGGUGGAACCAGAAGACCCAAGGCUCUUCCUCCAGUGAAGGGCCCUGUAGCCCCACCCAGGGAGGGACUGCUGGCUCCCUUAGGCCUGCUGGCCUUCCUGACCUUGGCAGUAGCCACACUUUAUGGACUGUCCCUGGCCACACCUGGGCAGUAGGCCAAGAAGGAAAAUCUGACUAAUAAAGACCCCUGUAGCACUGA